CAGCGCGGUAUUUGAAUCCCGUAACAAGGAGACAUUGCGAAGAUCCUAAGCAGUGCAGGCUGGAGUGCAGAGCUAACGGCGCCGCGGAAGCUUGUGUCCACCAUCUCCGGUCCUCGUCCCUCCCUGGGUCGGGCUGGCACUCUUGCCUGUCCCUUCCCCCAUGGCGCUACUCCGACGCCCGACGGUGUCCACUGAUUUGGAGAAUGUUGACACGGGAGUUAAUUCUAAAGCUAAGAGUCAUGUGACAAUGAGGCGGGCAGUUUUAGAAGAAAUUGGAAAUAGAGUUACGACCAGACCUCCCCACAUAGCUAAGAAAACUCAGAACACCAAAAUACCUGUUCAACCUGCCAAAACAAAUGUCAACAAACAACUGAAACCCACUGCUUCCGUGAAACCAGUACAGAUGGAAAUGUUGGCUCCAAAGGGUCCUGCUCCCCCAGCGGAGGAUAUCUCCAUGAAGGAAGAGAACCUCUGCCAAGCUUUCUCUGAUGCCUUGCUCUGCAAAAUCGAGGAUAUUGAUAAUGAGGACUGGGAGAACCCUCAGCUCUGCAGCGACUACGUUAAGGAUAUCUACCAGUAUCUAAGGCAGCUUGAGGUUCUGCAAUCCAUAAAUCCACGCUUCUUAGAUGGAAGGGAGAUAAACGGACGCAUGCGCGCCAUCCUGGUGGACUGGCUGGUGCAAGUCCACUCCAAGUUUAGGCUGCUGCAGGAGACCCUGUACAUGUGCGUCGCCAUCAUGGAUCGAUUUUUACAGGUUCAACCGGUUUCCCGUAAGAAGCUUCAACUGGUUGGGAUUACGGCUCUGCUCUUGGCUUCCAAAUAUGAAGAGAUGUUUUCUCCAAAUAUCGAAGACUUUGUUUACAUCACAGACAAUGCUUAUACAAGCUCCCAAAUCCGAGAAAUGGAAACAUUGAUUUUGAAAGAACUGAAAUUUGAGUUGGGUCGACCUUUGCCACUACACUUCUUAAGGCGGGCCUCAAAAGCUGGGGAGGUCGAUGUGGAACAGCAUACUUUAGCCAAAUACCUGAUGGAGCUGACUCUCAUUGACUAUGACAUGGUGCAUUAUCACCCUUCGAAGGUGGCAGCGGCUGCAUCCUGCCUGUCCCAGAAAGUUAUAGGCCAGGGAAAAUGGAACUUAAAACAGCAGUAUUACACUGGAUACACAGAGAAUGAAGUAUUGGAAGUCAUGCAGCACAUGGCCAAAAAUGUCGUGAAAGUUAACGAAAACUUAACGAAAUUCAUCGAACGCCUGGCCCACUGGGCUGAGGGCUACCAGAAGCAGCCCUCACAGUAUGCCUCUCCUUCAAAGGCAUGGUGGGGACCAGGAAUGUCAGUCCUAAGGGGCCACCACUGGAAAACAAAAACGGGUCUGUGACACCUUGUUAAUGUUGAAACUUGGAAUGCAUUUUCCUAUUUCAUGGGUUACUAUUUGUUGUGUUUUUUUUUGGCAGGCAGUUGAUCACAUUUAGCAUUAUUCUCUAAGUGUGAAUGCAUUCUCAGUCUCCAACCACUAAAAACAAAACCAAAACACAUAAAAUAAAUGAGUGUCUUACAGCAACAACUUCCCAAACUAUUAGCUCAGCACAUGUUAAUUGCUUUUUGUGAAAAAGGAGCUAGUCAAAUACAUUCGGGAAACAUUGCAAACACAUCACGAUUCAUAAAGGCUCGGAGAAGCUUUGCAGUAAACUCUUAACUCCGCCGUUCCCCAGUCCAGAGUGUGGUAAAUGCUGCCUUCUGCGUGACAGUGAGAUGUGCAGGUGCUGGUUCUGAGACUCAGCUGUGGCUUCUGGCUGCCCUGGGAGGCGAGCCUGGCUGGCUCCAGCUAGUGCUCACUUCCCACCCCUCUCCCUAGGCAGGCCGGGCCGCCUAAGUAAGUCUUUAUGUGCGUGAGCACUUGGAGGAAUGGGAGUUUUCUGUGUUAAAGUCCUAGUGUAAAGCUUUAGAAGUAUCUCUCUUUGAGUGAGACUCGUUCCCAUGGCAGCCUUAGGCUGACUUGGGUCACACAUGUGAAUAGUAAUGAAGUGAGACCCUGCGAGGAAGCUUUCGCUUCCCGGGGAUGCUUGAGCUCCAGCUUCUUGUCAAGAAGAGAUGGGUUUUGUAGACUAUUCUGAGACAUUUUAUAGCUUCUUUAUUACAUAUUUUGCUUAGUUAAAUAUUAAAUACCCCGACUCAGGAAAUUCCUAUUUACAGGAUGUCAUAAAAAAAAGACCUUUAAGAUCCUUCCUAUGUGCCAUAGCAGGCAUCCAAAACUAAAGUGUUAUACUUAUGAAAUAAGAAAUUACUACUGUAAAAGUAGAAAUCAUAAUAUAAAAGCAUUGCAACUAGAAAAUGAGGUGAUGGAACCAUAGUAUUUGAAGAGCACAGAUGCUGAAGCUGCAUCGCAUGGGUCUGAGUCUACUUAGCAACUAUGAUCUCUGUGCCUUGUUUUUGUGUCUGUAACAUGGGGGUAAGAGCAUCUACCUCAUAGUGUUGUAGUGCAAAGUAAAGUAUGCCAAGCCCUUA